GCUAACAAAAACUAAAUUCGACACUCAUAAAUAACAUCGACAUAUAGUUUUCUAAAUAAUUAAUUGAAUAAUUGAUUAGAGAUGAUCGAACUUGAAAGAUUUGAAGGAAGGAGAAAGACAAACAAAUACAUAUGACAACGAAAAAAUUACCCAAUUCAAGCUCAAUUACUUGCUAUACAUUAGCAGCGCCCAGCGGCAAUCCUACCAGUAGGGUGGGGCUCUACGCUGUCUUUGCCUCUUUGAGCAUUGCACUUUUCAGAGACAAUAUCUCCCAGCGAGGGCGGUGAAUGGAAGAAGAUGAAACAUACUUUUUAGGACAACGAUAACUCCAAGCGAGUGUGGUGCAUUGAAUGGAAGAGGACGAAAUUGCUCUGUUUUCUUGCUUUGCCAUGGAAACAGUGAAAUCAGGAGGCUUAGUUUAGAUGGGAGGACUUCUAAAUAAUUUUCUAGAGGAAGUCAGGGAAAUGUUGAAUGUACCAAAACAUUCAUUAACUUACAUGCACCAUAAAAUUUUCCUUUUUUUAAAUCUUUCUUCUUCUUGUUCCCUGCAACUCUUCAUCUUUCUCCCCCUUUUCUUCUUUUCUGAUUCUCUUCGUCCCUUCCUUCUUCUUUCUCUUUUUUUCUUUAUUCUCUUCUCUUUUUUCUUGCUUCUUCCCUUCUCUACCUCUCCAUCUUUCUAUGCCAUCGACCUCUGCCGUCGUCAACCCCGUCGAGCUCUGCCGCCACCUUCCUCGUCGCCGUCUGGUUGCCAACGAAGAAGAGCAAGGGUAUUUGUCAGGUUUUCGUCGGGUUGCCUUCUGUGGGCAUGAAAGAAGGUUGAGUGGAGAAGAAGAGAAAGAGGAAGAGGAAAGAGAAAGAAAAGGGAAAGGAGAAAGGGGUGGGCAAGAUUGCAAGAGUGAAGGGAGAGGAAGGUUGAAUUAGGUGGGAGUGGGGGGAAGAAGCAGUUGAGAAAAAGAAGAGAUUGAAGAAUAGGGGAGAGGGAGUUGCAGGGAGAUUGGAGAAGAAGGGGAAAAAUGAAUAAAAGGGAAGGAAGAAGGGGGGAGCUGCAAAAGAAAGAAAAUUAAAAGGGAAAAGAAGGGAAAAAGAAAAGGGAAAAAAAGAAAAAGGUAUUGUUGGGUUAUUGAUCCCGAGGCCCAAUACCCGGAUCAAAAAGGCCCAGGAUACCCGACCCAAACAACGGAUCCAUUGCUCUAUGAUGAGCAGGCCCAGUAAAAAAUCCAUACCGAACGGGGUUCAGACCAUAUGACAUACUUGGGCCAAAUUGACAGCGUCAUCCGCAAGGUCCAGCAUCCCGUUCGAGCAACGGACAAUCAACAAGUGGCCAGGUGCAAUUAAUGUCAGAUUGUGACAUCAGCAAGUGGAAGCAUGGAUGAUCAAGUCGGUGGAGCAACGGCCAAUCAGCAUAGAGCAGCCCAUGCUCUCCAUUAGUAUAAAUAGAAGGUUUAAAAUCAUUGUAAGGGUGAGCAUUUCAAUACUCAAGCUCUAGAAUAGCAUUAUUACUUUUGUUUCCUGUAUUAAAGCACUGUUCCGACCUACCGAUCGAGAAGUUUUCCUUGUAAUCAGACAGGUUAAUUAAUACAAGUGGGCUUUUGGGUA